GUUGUGUAUGCGGUAGAGAAGCAGGAAAAUGGUGCUGCAGGUCUUACGAUCACCCCAUGUUAAGUGUUUGCAUUCAUCAUGGAGGGCUUGCAUAACCAGAAAAUAUUUUGUCACAACAACCUACAAGCAAGGAGAGCAGAUUACAGUAGAAGGAAGAGAAUAUCAGACAGACCACAUGACUAAUGUCACCCCGCAUCUCCUCUCUCUCGUUGGAAGAAGUCUCCACAUGCAAAAAUAUCAUCCCCUGAACCACAUCAGCCAGCGAAUAGUGCAUUACAUGUACCAGAGAUACGUCUCAUCCCGUGGCAACCCGCUCUUUUCUGUUCACAACAACAUCCAUCCGGUUGUAACUACUCAUCAAAAUUUUGACUCUUUGCUCAUUCCCAAAAAUCAUGUUAGUAGACAGAAAUCUGACAACUAUUACAUUAAUGAAGGUCACCUUCUGCGCGCUCACACAAGUGCUCAUCAAAGUGAUUUGAUUGGCAUGGGCUUUGAUAACUUCUUAGUCAUUGGAGACGUCUACAGACGAGACGAGAUUGACUCUUCUCACUAUCCUGUGUUCCAUCAAGUAGAAGGCGUCAGACUGUGUACAAAAAGAGAAAUAUUUGGAAAUGAUGAGAAUAUGGACAGUUUGCAGCUGUUUGAGAUGGGUGAGCGCACCAAGGAGAAGCAAGGCUUCCAUCACACACAAGUUCUCCACCUGCUGGAGGCAGAUUUAAAAUGCUGUUUGCUUGGGUUAGCUACAACAUUGUUUGGUCAAGAUGUUGAGUGGAGAUGGGUGGACGCAUACUUCCCCUUUACUCACCCGUCGUGGGAGUUGGAAGUUAAGCUCAACAAUGACUGGGUGGAACUAUUGGGUUGUGGUAUCAUUGAACAGGAGAUUCUUUUCAACACUGGCGCUGAAGACAAGAUUGGCUGGGCAUUUGGUUUAGGGCUAGAACGAUGGGCCAUGAAACUAUAUGGCAUUCCAGACAUCAGACUUUUUUGGUCCACAGACUCAGGUUUUCUCUCCCAGUUUCAUUUUGAUGAUCCAACAACAAAUGUCAAGUAUAAAACUGUGAGUAAAUUCAUGCAGUGCAGCAAUGAUAUCAGCUUCUGGCUCCCAGUGGAUGGCCAUUAUCACUCUUCAGAUUUCUUUGACCUCGUGCGAGCAGUUGGAGGUGACAUUGUGGAGCAGGUUCAUCUGAUUGAUGCUUUCACUCAUCCUAAGAAGAGACUAACAUCGCACUGCUACCGCAUUGUUUACCGUCACAUGGAAAAGGUGCUCACUCAGGAAGAGGUCAAUGUUCUUCACAAGAGAAUAGAAAAAGAAGCUACAGUUAACUUAAAUGUGACUAUACGAUAAAAUAAUAUAUUUAUGUAUUGAAGUAAAAUAUUUCAAAUAAA